AUGAUAAAAAUUGUUUAAGUUUGUGGAGGAAUGAGGUUAUUCAACUAAAAACUCUAUAAAUACUCCAAAUCUGUACAAUUAAAGUCAAGUGAAACAUUUGGAGAAGGAUUCUAUAGUCAAUAACUCUUUACAAGUUGUCUAGCAGAGUACGCUUAUUAUAUAGAAUCAAACAAGGAAGCAAUCAUCAUAGAUCCUUUAAGAGAUAUUCAACCUUAUAUGUAAUAUUUUAUAUUAUCAUAAUAGAGACCUAGCAAAAGAGAGAGGAGCAACAAUUAAAUAUGUUCUGUUAACUCACUUCCAUGCUGAUUUUGUAGCUGGUCAUGUGAGUCUAAAGAAUUAAACAGGAGCUUAGAUUAUAAUGGGACCAAAUGCUGAAGCUCCAUUUAUCAAUAAAAUUUUGAAAGAUGGAGAAAUACUAAAUUUAGGAUAAAUAAAGGUUCAAGCACUCCAUACACCAGGUCAUACAUAAGAGUCUACAUGCUUUUUAUUACAUGAUAAAACUGGCAAAAAACAUAGGUAUAAAUAUUUUUCUAAAAAUAGUUUAUUCACUGGAGACACUUUAUUCUUAGGAGAGGUAGGAAGACCUGAUUUGGCUGUAAAGACUGAUUUGAGUCAAUAUGAUUUGGCUAUUAUGUUAUUUAAAUCUUUAAGGGAGAAGUUAAUGCCAUUACCAGAUGAUGUUAUUGUUUUUCCUGGACAUGGUUAAGGUUCAGCAUGUGGAAAGAACAUUUCAUCAGGAUAUAGUUGUACAAUGGGAAAUUAAAAGAAGAAUAAUUAUGCACUUUAACCUAUGGAUUAUGAAACAUUUGUAGGAGAAGUAGUAAGAGAUUUACCUAAACCUCCUCAAUAUUUCUUUUAUAAUGCUGGAUUGAAUAAGAAUAUUUUUACUUCAGAUUUAAUAGAGAUUCUAAAGAAAUCUAAUAGAAAAUUAUCACCACAAGAUGCCAAACUUAAAAAUACAGCAUAAAUUAUUGAUUCUAGAAAUUCAAUUUCUGAAGGAUUUAUACCUGGAUCUAUCAAUGUCCCAUUACAAAUUCCAUUUGCUCAUUGGGUUGGAACUCUAUUACCUCACAAUAAAGAAGUUAUUAUAGUUUGUGAAAAAGGAACAGAAGAACAAACUAUUAUGAGAUUAUCUAGAAUAGGUUAUGAUAACAUUUUAGGAUACAUGUAUUUUGAAGAUUGGUAAUAGGCAGGAGAAAACAUAAACAAACCAACUGAAUUAGAAAAAUAAGAUUUUUUGAAAAUCUCUUAAUAGGGCUAAGGAUAAAUUAUUGAUGUAAGAUCAAUGGAGGAAUGGAGAAAAGGCAAAUUGGAUAAUGCUAAACUUUUUCCUCUUAAUGAACUAUAAAGCAAUGUUGAAAAACUAAAUAGAGAUUAAUAAAUUAAUAUUUAUUGUGGGACAGGAUAAAGAGCCAAAAUCGCACAUACUUUAUUAGUGGCUAAUGGAUUUAAAAAUGUUUAGUAUUGUAAAGUCGGAUAUGAUGAAAUUAUUAAGCCAUGA